CCUGCACACAACUUUCUGGGGAGCGGUGCAGAUCUGCGCACUCGUGUCUCUGCGGGUUUUCUUUGCAAAUCCCCUGCAGGCAGAGUUUGCUCAACUAGUUGAACUAGCUCUUUCUGUCUUGUUUUUUUGGCAAACUAAGAAUUUCCUUCCUGAUAAAAACUGACUGCGGGCGCCCCGAUUGGGUGUCGUGUUGGAGAGGAUGUGACAUCAGGCACAUCUCUCGCUUUGCUGGAUCGCUGGCUGCUGACCAGGGCAGUCAGGGAGCUGCUUCGUUAAAUCCCAACCCAGGUACUCGAGUUUCUGCACGGAGUGCUGCCGGCACCACGUCCCGGGCUGCUGCGAAGUCUGUUUGACUCAUGCGUGCUGAGUCUGCUUCAUAGAUCACUCUGACCGCUGGGGGCUCACCGGGGACGAUGGAAUUUGAACUCUGGAGACCAACCACAAAGUGAAAAAACAGAAAUUGGACAGACAGAGCUGAGAUGGAUGAUGAGAGAACAAAUCAAAAUGCCAUCAAAUUGCAAGCAGUUGGAGGCCAGGCGUCUGCAAUGUCUCCAUCAAACCCGCUGAUGAGGGACUUUGUUUCAGACUGGUCUCCUCUACAUGAAGCCUCUAUCCGUGGGCGUCUGCUUACUGUGAAGAAACUCAUUGAACAGGGGAGUGAUGUUAACCUUGUUACAGCGGACCAGGUGUCUCCUCUCCAUGAAGCCUGCCUAGGGGGUCAUGCUGCUUGUGCCAGUGUCCUAUUAAAACACGGUGCUCGGGUGAAUGGAGUGACUGUUGACUGGCACACUCCUUUGUUCAGUGCUUGUGUCAGUGGCAGUGUGGCUUGCUUGAAUUUAUUGCUGAAGCAUGGAGCCAGCCUACACCCACCCUGUGAUUUGGCAUCCCCCAUCCAUGAAGCUGCUAAGAGAGGUCAUGUGCAAUGUGUUGAACUCCUUGUGUUCCAUGGGCUAAAUAUAGAUCACAACAUCAAGCAUCUGGGUACUCCACUUUAUGUAGCUUGUGAUAACCAGCAAGUGAACUGUGCCAAGAAGCUGCUCGAGUCAGGAGCAAAUGUGAACAUUGGCAAAGGCCUGGACUCCCCUCUGCAUGUGGCUGCCAGGAAUCGCAAUGUGGAGCUGGUGACGCUGCUGAUGGACUUUGGAGCAGACAUUUGGGUGAAGAACGCUGAUAACAAGAGGCCGAUGGAGCUGGUCCCACCUGGCAGUCCUGUGGGCCAACUAUUCCUGCAGAGAGAAGGGCCACUGUCCUUGAUGCAGUUGUGCCGCCUGUGCAUCAGGAGGUGCUUUGGAUACAAGCAACAUCAAAAAAUAACUGGACUUCUCCUCCCAGAUGAGCUGAAACAUUUCCUUCUCCACAUUUGAGCCUUUAAUAUUCAAAAUGGUGCCUUUAACAACACAGCAAGAAACAGGUCCUGCUGCCACAAACCAAAGAGAAGUUAUGACCACUCUAUGCUCUCUUGGGUGCUCCCCUGGAAAUAUCAGCUGCCUGAUACUUGUGGGAGCAAGGAUGAGGAGACUCCAACUCUUCUUCCCUCUGGAGCUUGCCCUGUUCCUUUUUGAGCUGUGAACCA